UCUCUAGUUAUAAACUUCGUUCAGUAUAGAAUGACUAUACAAUACAUUAAAACAUGUGUGAUUAAAAUGUCGUCUGCAUCAGACAGAGAAUAUAUUUUGUCAUGGAAAGGGGAUGUACGAUGAAUUACGGAAACAUGUGUUGAUGGAGGGAAAUUGAUUGAGUGCUUAGUUGUCGAAGCAAAUCUAACAGGAGCCCUGUUAAUCUAAUUGGAGUACGGGAUGUCGAUAACUUGAAAUAGCGGAGGUUCAAAAUAAAGCUGUUGGAUUUAUUGAUAUAAUCGUGCACAACUUUACCAUAUAGAGUUCAUCUAGAAGAAACUAAUCUUGUAUUUGUAAAGAGGAUAAAAAUUAGAUAUUGGAGAAAUUAAACUCUCCAGUAGCCGUGUAACGAGACAACGAAUUGUAGGGAAUGUGCGUGUUUUAUUGUGAGAAUGGGAAAACACUUGAAGUUGAUUGAAAUGAUUUGAAACAAAAGUGCUAUUGAAAGAUAAAUCAUGGUAUGGUGGAGUAUUCCCUGAUUCAUUUCGCCUCUGUUCAGUUUCAUUUUCGCUCGCAGUGAAUACGGAUCGUUAAGUAUGACUUUUAUUUAUUUGUGCGGAAUACGUGCUGACAACAUAUUUUAUUAAAUGGAAUAUCUGUUGCAAUAACUAGUCAAUGUGUAAGGAUAUAAUUUUCAAACGUUUAAUGUUGUUUAUAAAUAUUGAAAGGUACUUUGAAUUGAAAAACUCGGUACGUUGGUUUCUAUCUGGAACAUCGUGUGAAAUUUAGUGAAUUGAGUUGGAUAGUAUUAAUAAAGUAAAAUGUAUAAACGAAAUAAUUUCUCGAAUAUAUCAGUUUGAAACUAUAAUCCAAAUUGUUAUUUCACUACAUAUUCUAAACGGCUUACAUUGUAAAUGUAAGGAAAUAGAUACCAGUUUGGAAUUAAAAUCUAAUAUGUUUGGUUUUGAUUGAAGUCUAAAGAUUGUUAAAUAGCGAGUAUACCUUAGAUGGUAUCUGUAUUUGAUAAACAAUGUCUGGAUUAUCUGGCAUUGGAGUAUUUUGGGCGUUUUCGUCCUUUAUUUCUUCUGUCAUUUCGUGUGUUGGCUACUUUAUGCCUUACUGGAUAACGGGACAGAUGUUUAUUCAAAUCAAUGGAAAGUCGGGUCAAACUGUUCCGGUACAUUUUGGAAUAUUCCGUCGGUGUAACUAUCCGGCGAUAAAUACCGACGGUGAGCUAUCGAUGGUACUGGAAUGUGGCCGGUACACGACAUUUACGGACAUUCCGAGCACAUCAUGGCAGAUCGCCACUCUUGUGAUUGGAGUUGCUUGUGGGAUUUGCCUUCUUGUUUCAUUGACGGCCAUGUUUGGUAUAUGUGUGAAGGGCGUUAUCAUCCCGACCGUGGCGCGGUCGGCGGGAGUCCUUCAAAUGUGUUCAGGUUUAUUAAUGGCUGCCGGUGUGGGCAUCUAUCCAAAUGGUUGGGAUAGCCCCGAGGUGCAGCAAGCCUGUGGAAAUACUUCGAAGUCGUAUAUUCUAGGUGAUUGUUCAUUAUCUUGGUGUUUCUACAUGACCUCUGUUGGGAUAGGAGUUACCCUGAUGUGCUCAGUUCUCGCUUUCCAUGCCCCUAAACAGAAACAGAUCGUCAAUGGAUAUGCACUAUAGCUUUUAAUUUGGCUAUUGAAGCGACGCAGCUUGACCGAUCGUCAUAACUGAUCUCAAUUUUAUAUUUAAAGUAUAUGUUUCUAGUGAAACUGGAAUAUAUUUGAUGAAGAAACUCCCUGUUGAAGUGUCCGCGGAGGUAAUGUACGCAGUUUUAGCAAAAUGUGUUACAGAUGCUGGCAAGUUGACUGUUCCUUAUGAACAUUACAUUACUUCACAUAAGAGAAGAUAGAAAGUGCAAUAUUUCUCCGUAAGAGAAAAUGAAAUUUUGGCUUGCCAUAAUAGACUAUGGUCUUCAGAAGCCAGACAAUAAUUAUUGUGCAACUUGUGAAUUAUUAUCUGUGAUGUCGUAUAAUGUAUUGAUACAUACUUCACGUACUCUGACAGAACAUAAAUUCAUCAGCUUGAAUCUUCAUAGCUAUAAGGCAUAUUUCGUCUGAGAUAUUAUGUAAUGAUCGCUCAAUGUAAUUUGGAAUAACUUUCCAAGAUUCCGAUGUUCAGAUAUUAUCUUUAUGUUUACACCAUUUCAAUAAGAAAUCUAUUGUCAAACAUUACAUGCAGAUAACGCUAUAACGGCAUUAUAGGCCAAUCUUAUGAAUUACAUUAUUUGUAGUAACAGACUAUGUUUAUAACGUUCAAAAUGAAUGAUGUACCACCAGAAAGUAAGUUCUUUUUUAAAAAUAGCAUAUGAGACAUGUUUUAUAGGAGACGAUAGCUCUGGCAUAGUAACUGACAAAAAGAAACUGAAUUUCGAGAAAAGUGUUAGGUUAAUGGGUUACCUCUUACAGGCAAGAACAUUGUCCGUCGGAGUAAUACCGGUAUGACCAAAAGUUAUUCUGUGGCUAGAAUUAUUGUAUUAACUUACAAGGACAAUUAUAUUUUUAUAUAGUUAAACACCCUAGGUGUGCGAGAGGCACAUUUCUUAUUUGAAAUUACGAACAAUUACUAUAUAAAGUUGAUGUUAAUAGUAUGUGUAUUUACAGUUCGCCCAAGUUGCUCUGCCAUUUCGUUCAAAUCUGGCCAUUUUAUUUCACAUACAGUUGCCACAUCAUCUGUAUGUAUUAAAUUUAAUGGCGAACUGUAAGACGGUGUUAUGUUCAGUGUUGAGUACGCUCGCUCGAAAUUAAUAUCUUAAAACUGCUGUAUUCAACUUAUAACCUAUACUAGCAGUACUAUGUAUUAGGGAUCAAAUAGGUAUACUUUUAGAUAUGUAUAGCUAAGCACAGUAUAAAUGUAUACUACUAUCUAAAUAAUGUAAAUUUCAACAAACAAUUAAAUUGUUAUUGUUAUUUAAUUAUAAAUGUGGCUCUACCUGUACAGUUGAUGUAUAUAUUUAAUAAACUUAAAUACAUUUUGAGGGCGUUUUGUACAUAUGAAGUAAAUAUCCAAAAGGUAUUAUAUUUUAGUCGCACACGGUCAUUAGAUAUCUUUAAAAUUCAAAUGCAGUGUAAAAUUAAGGAACAGAAAUGAAUAGAAUCUUCUUGUACAUUUAUGAGAUUUAGUUCUCGUUCAGUAUCUUGUAGAAGACUUAUGGUAAAGUGUAUUUGGUUUUCUUUGCUAUGAACAGUUAUUUAUGCAACAAAAGCUGAGGCUGUUCGUUUAACUAGAAACAAACGCAGUCGUAGAUUACAUAACAUUUUGCGAAUCUGUGUGUCCUAUUUGAAGUAACAACUUUUUAAGUGUUGGCUACCAAACUGAUUUAUAAUUCAGUUUUACGCAACAUUGACUAAUAAAGAUGAUUCUGACACGGGCCUGAAAGGCUGAAGGCUGUAAAACCAAUUUAGAAGGAACUAAAAUGAUAACAAUUUUAUGUCACGAGUUGCGACAUCAUACAUCGUAAAAGUAUACAUAAUACAUCUAUAGUAAAAUGGCAUGAUAAUAUUAUAACAAAAUAAUUCAGAACUGCAAAUUUCCAUAUAUUUUAGCUUAAAAUAGCUGAAAGAUAGAAAGAUCUACUUGCUAAGCGUUGGUACAGUUUUCUUUCAAAAUUGAUCACUGCCGAGAAAAUAAAUUUCAACAACAGAAUUAUAUUAAGGAUAGUUCUGCACGUUUGGAUCGAUUUUUUUUCUACAAUGUAGAAUUUGAUUAAACUACGAUUUUUCAAAACUUCAGAAUAUACAUAGAAAAUUCGGCAAAUAAAAAGGAUAGGGUCGUGCGCUGCUAGACUGAUUUGAAAAGUUUGGACCUCGCGCAUUUUUUCAUAAUGGAAGUAUAUGGGAAAAUCAUAACUUUCAUGACAUUUUUGUGAAUAGAAAUUUUUCUAUAAUGUAGAUUUUGAUGAAACUUCUCAAAGUUGCAAAUAAACACAUGACAGAUAAUUUGGUUAAAUAACAUGUAUAGGUUCGUGUGCUUAUUUUUGAGAUAUCAGACUAUGAUUAAGGUGAACCGAAUAUUUCACGCUCAUUUUAAGACAUUAUUUUGAAUUAUUCAAUAUGUCAUAUGUUUUAAUAUCAUAUUUUGAGUUUAGAAAUAUAGUAACAGUGCCAUUUUUAUAAAUGUAGUAAUAGGUUGUCAUUAAUUCAUUAAAUGAUUUUAAUUUCCGUACGCCGAAUCCAGGCUUUAUUCUAUGUUUUCCGGAUACAUGACGUUACGCCAUCACUUCCGGUUUUUCAAACGUGCAGAAUUAAGAUUUUAAAAAGCCCGUUAUAAUGGUUCUGUAGAUUUUUUAAGAAUUAUGAAGAUUAUCGUUGAAUUAUUAAAAUGAUAGUAAACCUUAUCGUUUAACUUGCUUUUUUCUCACUACUGUCUAAUUUACGGGGAUAUUAUAUUUGCGUGUCACUGUUUUACCAUCUGACAGCUUGUUGAUGCCAGAAAGCCCGUGCAGUUGAACAGAUUCCAUUUUCUAUUCUAUUGAAUCAAUAGUAAUAAAUUGAGGUGGCUAGGCAACCGUUUCCCUUUUUGUUUGUUUCCAGUCGCUCGUGGAAACAAAUUGCAUUUAAUGACUAUUUUACUGUCCUUAACGGGACAUUAAUACAUAAAGUGUCGUGAAUGCAUGUAAUAAUUCUGCAUUUCUGCAUCAAGUGUAUUCGAAUUAACACAACUUUAUUUAGCACUGAGUAAAAUGAUAUUUUACGAGCUAGGCAAUUUAGAACGAAUGUCAUGUAUUGUAUUCAGAAAACGUUUUUAUGAUAUUCCGGAUAUAGCAUAAUAGCACUUCAAUAAUAUUCUACACAGUGACACAAAUUGAGAAUUAGAGUCUGAUUAUCAACGAAAAAAAAAAAGGUUGAGAAGAUGUAGUUACUUAGUAAGCUAACUUUUAUAACAAAGUAUUUUUGGCGGAGAUCUGUUCAAGGCUGAACAUUGAAAGUGAAUAGCAGAAAAAAAAAUCUUAAAAUGUUAUCACAAGAACCUAUUGUGUUAAGCGUAAAAUAUUUGAAUGUUUGUAUUGAGAAUGAAAAUCCACGAAGCUAUCUAUUAUCAGUACAGAGAAAGUAAUGUUAGCAGUCAUAACUGUAUCUAAAGUUUUCGUCUGGGCGUUAAGUCUAGUCAAAGCUGAGAUUUGUAUUUCGUUGUUAAAAUGUUAGCACUUAUGCCGAUGAUGAAUUACUCUGUAAUAAGAAUCAGUGUCUUCAUUAAUACUUUAAAGCACCAGUUAUAUCUUCUAAUGUAUUUUAAUAUUUUGUUAAACAUUUCGUUCAUCGUCUUUUCAUUUGAAGUUCUUUUAUCAAUUGUUAAAACAAGAUAAAAAAAAAUUCAGAAUAGUGAAUAAAAAGUUA